AUGACCCCGGCCAUCGUGCCAUUCGUGUUUCAUCACGUGAUCAAGCUCAAAAAGUUUUACCUCGUCUUUACUGGCCUUAUUAUCGUCGGAAUUUAUUUAAAAAUGCACAGAGAAAAAACCCAAAAGGUUCGUUUUUUUCAAAUUUGAAGAUCGAAAUGAAACGUUUUGUCUUAAGGCGGGUCUGUACUGCGAGUCGAUCAGCGACUUCAUCGCACCGUGGCUGCACACCCACUGGGCUGUUGAAGUGAUGGCUGUCUGCGCAAUGGCCUCUACUCGGUUCCUAUGGGCAGAACUUGACCCACAAGUACUGGCUGUUCUGCAGAAGCUCUCAGUUGCCUUUCUUUGUUUCAAUGUCUCUUACACGCUUUUUUCGGUCAUUCCACGUACUUUUUUUGCGUGCGACAUUUUGUAG